UUUAUGAAACACCGGAUCCGUUAGUGCUCCAGCGCGCCCAGCCUGGCGCACUGGACCGAACCAAAUCAUGAAAUAAGGGGGGAGGCAAUGUUAGCCGCUGACUCGAUUUCAUUAUUUGCUGCCAGAACAAACGGGAAUUGACUCCUGUAACGCCCCUAACACGUACCUUAUGAAACAACCAUCCCUUUAUUCGAAUAGGUUAAUAAUAUAUUUUAAAACUAAAAGUAACUGACGGUUUACUGUUUUCUAGCGCUCAUGAUAUCAUUUUUCUCAUCCUCAUGACGGCUCUGUUUGUUAGUACGAAUGAAGCUUAGAAAAGGGGUCAUAAUUGUGCGAUUUUAUCACUAUUUUAUGCUAUAUACAUAAGACAGUGUUCUUAUUUCUUGUCUUUUGUUUUUAAUCUUUAAUAAUCUGUAAACUUUAAUCCAUUCCAUUUGUUUGUCCUCAAACAAAACCGCUUUCUACAUGCAUCUACACCACUUCUUAGUCUCCCCCACCCCCUUUUUUGUUUUCUCAGUUCUGCUUUUCCCUGCACGCCCACUUUACUCUGUUUGGGUUUAGCGUUGUGUUAGAUGAAGAGAUCCACUUUCACUUGCCUUUUGCCAAACAGUCAACUACACCUUUUGCAAAACCCAGUUUGUUUUUAACCCUGUCUGUUUUUGGACUUUUGCUUUUUGCUAGAUUUUUCUUUUCACCUUGUUCCAGUGUGUGCCUCCCUGCAUUUUUUUUAUUUACUUCUCUUAUUGUCAACUGUCUUUUUCUGUAUUACUUUAAACAAAGCAGCCUUUUCCAGCAUUACUUUCAACAAAAAAGAUCAGUAACAGAGUGAUACAGUGGUGCCCAGCUUGCCGCUACGACAUGUCAAACCCGCAGAAUCUACAGCAAGGUCACGCACUGGCUCAAUGGUUGGCAGACAUGGCGGACUUGCAGCAGCAGCAGGCGGUACUGCAGCAGCAGCAGGCGGUACUGCACCAGCGGCAGAAACGGAUGCUACAAAACCUUUUGACUCUGUCUGGGGCCGCUGCGAAUCCGCUCCACCUGGAUGAACUCUCUCCAGAAGACAACCGUCACAUGCCGCCCAAUCUGGAGGCGAUAGUGAGGCUGGCUGAAGACCACCUGGCGGCGCGGACAGAAAACCCCAGAAGAUCGCAGCCAGGGGAGGUCCUGGCAGGGACAGACGCUGUACCUGGCUCACUGGUGGCUCCACAGACACAGGGACAGGUGUGUGAGCAGAGUGGGAACCUGGGACAUUCUCAUCAGGAAUGCCAGGAGGACGCCAUGGAGGUGCAGCACGUGUACAGAGAUGCCGGGAUGUUUACACCCAACUCUGGUCGAGGAGGGAUGUACAGCAUUCUGGAUUUGCCAUCGAUAAGUGAAAAAGGUGAGAAAAAUUUUGAUGUUUCUGAGAAUGGGUCAGUUAAUCCAUAUUUAAACUUGUUCAACAGGGAUAAAAUCAAGGAUUUGGAGACAGAAAAGAGGCACCUGGUUGGUGUCUUUGGUAAAACUGGGGCUGGAAAGAGCUCUUUAAUCAAUGCCAUCAUAAAUAAGGAGGGCCUGUUGCCUUCUGGAAGUGUCAGUGCAUGUACCUCAGUGAUGAUAAAGGUGGAGGCAACCAAUGGAUCAAAGUAUGAGGCACACAUCGAGUUCAUUACAAAAGAGGAUUGGGAAAAUGAGGUGCAGUCCCUAAAACUGGCUCUUGAAAAAAGAUGA